CGUCAACUCUGCUACAGCUUUUUUCCUCUCCUUGUGGCUUAAAGUCUAAAAUAUCACACACAGCUUUUUGGUCAACUUUGGAAGAGUGGCGCAAGAUGAAGAUGAAAAAGGAGGCCAACGUCACAUCAACAGUCACCCUCAAUCGUUUUGCUCAAGAGGCCCCACCAACUGGGAGCUCCAAGAAUGGAUAUGUGUUCCAGGAAAUGGAGCUGCGGGAUGGAGAACAAGACGAUUAUGAGGAAAAUUCAACCAUCCCGCACAAGGACCCCAUCUAUGACAACGAGAGCCAACUUAGCAUGUCAGAAGGGGAAGGUCCAGGCUUUGGUCUUUUAAAUACAAGAAGAAAGUAUGUGAAGCCGAUGGACUUUUGCGAGGAGGUACGUGCCCACAGAGAUGUGGACGCCUUCCUGGCCCAGGCAAGCGUCAUUCUGGACGAGGGAGCGUCCACUCUGGACGGGGUACUGAGGCGAAUGUUAAGUUGUGUAGUGGAGGAAAGCCACGUGAACCAGAUUAUGGACUCGCUGUUUACAGAUGCAUUAGGGAAGGACAUGGAUGUUCAUCUGCUGUCAGAAACCAUUCAGGGGGUGACUAUGACAACGACAGGCAUUCAUUACCAGCAGUCCUGGCUUUGCAUUCUCUGCAAUGUGAGUAGUCUACAGAAACGCCACGUUUGCAUCGCACGUCUGGAGAGGCCGCAAAACUGGGGGGUUAACUGCUGUGAGGCGCGCUAUGUCAUCCUCAUCCUGGCCCCACCCAGAACGAAAAGUACCAAGUCAGCCAUUGAAGUGGGCCGAACAUUCGCCACCAUGUUCUCGGACAUUUCCUUCAGACAGAAGCUUCUGGAGACGAAGACCCAGGAGGAGUUCAAACAAGAGCUGGUCUGCCAGCGUCAGCAGCUCUCCGUAGUCAAAGAGAAGGUGGCCGUCAGCCAAGUGGAUGACUACGAUCCAAGGAGAGGCAAAGAACUUAAGUGGAAAGAUUUCUUCAAAGCUGGUAAAGGUGUUUACGACGACCUCCGCCGCCGCCUACCACUCUACCCUUCUGACUUCACAGACGGUAUAAUAGGGAAGGACCGCUCUCUGCUUAAGUACACCACCACCGCUAUUUUCCUCUACAUCGCUAUUCUGCUGCCAGCCAUCGCAUUUGGUUCUCUCAACGAUGAAAGCACAAGAGGGGAGAUAGAUGUUCAGAAGACCAUCGUCGGCCAAAGCAUUGGAGGCGUGAUCUAUUCCUUGUUCGCUGGUUCUCCACUCGUCAUUCCACUGACCACUGCACCACUGGCCAUCUUCAUAAGUGUUAUCCGGGGCAUCUGUGAUGACUACGACCUGGACUUUGACGCCUUCUACGGCUGCAUCGGCCUGUGGAACAGUUUGUUCCUGAUUCUGGGAGGUUUAUUCAACGUCAGCCUGCUGAUGAAGCUCUUCAAACGCUCAACAGAGGAAGUCAUUGCAUUGUUCAUCUCCAUCGCAUUUGUUGGGGAUGCAGUGAAAGGCACGGUUAAAAUUUUCAAACACUUUUUCCAUGAGCCCACUCUGGCGACUGCAAAUAGCACGCUGGUGCUUCACGAAAUCACCGAGGUUCUGGAGAACAUGAAGAACCAUACGCUGGGCCAUGACAAUGCCAGCGGGGCCCUGAUGACGGAGCACGCCGAGGGGCACGCCUCCGUCCUCCUGCCCAAGUCUCUGGUGAUUUGCUCCAGAGAGAUCCCCAUCCUGUGCCUUCUGCUCAUGCUGGGCACCUUGUGGCUGGGUUAUGCCCUCUACCUUGUCAAGAGGAGCCCAUAUAUGAACGGCAAAAUCCGAGAAGUGGUGUCCGACUGCGCCUUGCCCAUCGCUGUGCUGGUUUGCUCCUUCAUCGGUUCCUACCUCUUCCUCGACAUAAAGCUCCCCGUGUUUAGCGUCCACAACGGGCCGGUCUUCAACUACCCCCCCUUCGACAAGCUGUCACGCCUGAACGCACUGAGCGCCGUGGGCCUCGGCUUCCUCCUCGCCUUGCUCAUCUUCAUUGACCAGAACAUCGUCAUUUCACUCACACACGUGCCGGAACACAAGCUGCUCAAAGGCACGGCAUUCCACUGGGACUUAGUGCUGACGGGCCUCAUCAAUAUCCUCAUGUCCUGUCUCGGGUUGCCAUGGAUGCACGCUGCCUUCCCGCAUUCCUCCCUGCACGCCCGUCAGCUGGCCAAAAUGGAACAACACGUGGAGAACGGCCACGUCUACACCACCAUCGUCAGCGUGAAGGAGACGCGUCUGACCUCGCUGGUCGCCAACAUCCUGAUCGGCCUGUCGGCUUUCAUGCUGCCCAUUCCUCUCCAGUGGAUUCCCAAGCCCGUCCUCUACGGGCUCUUCCUCUACAUUGCCGCCACAUCGCUCGACGGGAACCAGAUGGUGGACCGCGUGGCCCUGCUGCUAAAGGAACAGACGGCCUAUCCCCCCACCCACUACAUCCGCCGUGUGCCCCAGAGGAAGGUGCACUACUUCACCGGGCUGCAGAUGAUCCAGCUCAUCAUCCUGUGUGCCUUUGGCAUGUAUCCUCUGCCCUACAUGAAGAUGGUUUUCCCCCUCCUGAUGAUCUUGCUUGUCCCCGUCAGGAUCAGCCUACUUCCGAAAAUUAUUGACGCCAAGUAUUUGGACCUCAUGGACUCGCAGCACAUGUAGAACGAGAGAGCAUUUAAAAAAAUAAAAAUAAAAAUAAUUAAAUGGAAGAAAUGGACUCUUGGUAUACCUGCAUUUGCUUGUCAGCAAUCAUCAUAAUCAUUGUUAACCACGUCACAAAACAUUUUCUGCAAUCUAAUCAGUCACUUGCGAGCGAGCACAAACAGCCACGCAGAAAAAAAAUUAUAUCAUUCAGAAUUACUUUUUUCAAUUUUGUAUUAUUUGUCUGUGCAUUUAACAUUGGUUUUGUUCAACAUCUGACACAUUUCUAUUUGAGCAUCACUUGUGCAAUACAAAUUGUUAAAGUGUCCUUUUCGUACAAUAAAACAAUUAAUCAUUGAA